AUGACUCCAAAACAACAACUACAAUAUUUGUUCAUCCUUCUUCUCCUCACAAUCACCACCACAUCACAAGCCCGUCAUCGUCAUCAAAAGCUACUAGACGACACAACAGUCAAAGUUCAAAACGACAUUAACGAAGGUGAAAGCAUCUCGGUACACUGCUACUCCUCGGAGGACGAUCUCGGGACCCACCACCUCUCGUAUGGCUCGGCCAUCCAUUGGAACUUCCAAGUGAACGUGUGGAGGACCACAAAGUUUUGGUGCGAUUUCAGCACGAAGCAUGGCUUGGGAAACUAUGGCGUGUACACGAGAAAAGUGCACGUACGGUGUGGCUACGUGUGCGUGUGGAUGAUACGAGCAGGAGGGCCGUGCCUAUUUCAGACCAACUACUAUAACCAACCGUGGUGCCAGUCAUGGAAGUCACGUGCUAUCUAA